UGGAUGACCUUGACAAGGAAUUAAACAACUACAUAAUGAGGUCAAGAGAAUGGUAUGGAUGGCACUUUCCAGAGCUUACAAAGAUAAUCGGAGAUAACCUGGCUUAUGCUAAGACUGUGAAGAAAAUGGGCUACAGAACAAACGCAGUCAGCACAGACCUAUCUGACAUUCUGCCAGAGGACAUAGAACAGGAAGUGAAACAAGCAGCUGAAAUCUCCAUGGGAACAGAAAUCUCAGAGGAAGACAUUUUGAACAUCACUCACCUCUGUGAUCAGGUGUGUCCCUGCUUUAAAACUUUUAAAGACAGUAAACAAUGAAUGCGAGGGAAGUAG